AUGGACAAUCAUUCUUCAAUCGCAACGACGUCUGGAGAGAGCAGCGCCAUGAUUUCUUCAAUGGAUUUUGAGGACCACCGGGUGAGUAUCGAAAUUCCGAAACUCAGUGUAAGUUUUCCCGAUUUUUUGAUAUUCAUCGAUUUUUUUAUCUUUGUAGGUAGUUAACUGGUUUACUGUAAAUUGGAGUUAAUAGGUUUUAGGCUUUGCUAGAGCCAAAGUUAUGCUUUUCGUUCCAGAACGCUUUUGCGCCGCGAAUAGUCGAGAGUGAAAUUUUCAAAAUUCUCGACGUCAGUGAGAAUCUUUGGGUCAAAGGCUCUUCGCCAGUUAAGGUAUAAUUUUACUAAUCUAAUAUGAUCUUGAGUCAUGAUUGACAGCAAAUGAAUAAUAUUCUACAGACAAAAAUCGUGUUUGGCGAACGCGGCGUGAUUAUUCCACCACGAGAGAAGGAAAAUACUUACGAAACGACGGAGACGAUCAAUCUGGGAGAAGAACUACCCGCAGAAGUCCCACCAGCGUCUUACUUUGAUGAGGCCGAUCCUGAUGAGUUGGAGCAGGACGCGGCGCGGAUCAAGGUCGAGACAGACCGAGCUUUUUUCAACCACAUGCUCCUCUCUCGGCCUGCAGCUCCCGCAUUAGCACCUGCACAACCUUACGUCAAAGAUGUUCGUUUUCUUCUGAACAUUUUACGUCCCUGUCUAUACGUGUUUUGUUUUUCCAGGCGGUAGCAACACCUCGCGGCACUUUUGUCAAUCCCUUGGUGAAAGAUCGACGAGAACUAAUUUUCGGGGACAAAUUGAAGAAAUAUCUUCGUAGUGGUGGAAAAGUACCUUGUUAGCUUAUUUCUCCAGUCCCAUUGUUUCUUACAGAAGAAUAUUUGCGAGCUGAUGAAAGAAGCGGUUGCGGAGAGUGGGACAGAUGGGGUUCUCGAAGGCGUCUGGUCAGAUGUCACCGCAGUCGUGUACAAAAAGGUUUUUAGUAGCUGAAACUAAAUCGAGAGUAUGCAAGGAAAACCUUUCGAUUGAGAUAGUUUCGCCGUCAGCUUAUCUAGCUACCCAUGAAAAUUUCAAAAAAAAAAUUUGUUUCAAUUAGUGAAGUCUUUGAAGUUGACCGAAAAAAAUCAAUGAUCAUGCUUCUUUUACAUUUUCUGCUACUCCUACUUUUUUCUUUUUCAGACUGUUGCACAAAGAGACGACGUCAUUACAACGGCGCAGUUACUUGAGGAUGCAUGCGACUAUUUGCACAGACUGUACGUUUUACUGUUCGGAAGCAAAAUAGUGUUGAAGCUUUUCUGAGUCUUCGAUGGUCCGAAUAAAGAAUUUGAAAAUUUACUGAAACUAUGCGCCAUUUAAUUUUCGUUUUUUUUUAGGUUCUCGGACCAUAUGCAGACCGUUGUGGAGCGUAAUUUGGAGCGAGCUGAACGGGGCGGAGUUCCUGGAGUUCGAGGAUUAGUGUCAGCUUUUUUGAAGGUUUGGUCCAUUUAUAUUUUUUCAAACAAUAGUAGCGUGAGUUUUUCUCUAGAUUGGCUGGCAUGGCUCUGAAAGAUUUUACCUGAAAAAGACAAUAAUAUUGAAUUUUCGAGUAAAGUCAGAAUGAUUCACUUAAAAGUAAUAUCGAAAGAGCGUAUAUUUUGUUCUUUCUCAUGAACACACUCUUGAGCCGUCAAUUUUUGAGACCCGAAACGGCUGCGAGUUAAUUCAAAAAUUUCCGUUACUCUGCGACUUUUUUCAAAGCCAUUGCUUGACAGCAGAUCUGUGCGCUGGACCGAGGGUAGUGGCCAAAUCGGCUCAAAAUUCGUCGCAAUCACAAACUUUUAUCCCCUUUUAUAAGUUACAUCAAAUAUUUUUUUCUAAAUAUCACAUUUUUCAUCACUAUCUCCUCCAUAUACACAUUCUGAGAAAGUUUCGAGACCAAAACAUUUUGAAAAGUAACAAAUGUGCGAACGCUUCGCGACCGCGUUGCAUAACUAUGGCCGACACAGUGCGAAGCUCUGCUUGACAGGAUAACAUAUGGCUUUUUUUAUACGCUUGACGCAGUUAGAACUUUCAGAAAAGAGUUAGAAAAAAUUGAUAUUUUGAAAAAUUGAUGAUUUUGAAAGGUUGGAGCGGACGAUCCAAACGCCGAAGACGACAACAUCGAUGGAUUGCCCAUCUGGGAAGUGACGUAUCACUGCGUUCGCGCUGGCGACGUCUCCGCCGCCAAGGAUGCGUUGACGCGACUGCAGUCGUUCCCGCAAUCCGCGACUCUUGUCGCCGCCUUGAACCACCUAGCCGACAACGGAAAGUUAGUGUUAUUGAACUCAAUCAUGCUUGAAGAGAAAAGCUGAAACAGUGGCUACUGAAAGCUAGAAGGCCAUAUUAAGUGAAAAAAAAAACAAAACACUAGUAAACUUUGCUAUGAUUGCAUGUGAAGAAUAAGGAAUAGUUACGGGAACCUGAAGGGAGAUUAUAUCGAGAAAUAGGCAGAAAGUAUCAUUUCUUCUUCGGCGUAUAAAAUUGUCUAAUGAAGCGUUCUGGUGGAAAAUGUUCAACUCUGAAGAAAUUUAUCAAUUUACCCAUAGUCAAUAUGAGAAAGAAAUAUGUAUCAAUUUAGCAGCUUCUGAAAGGGCAUUCCAGGAAUAAGACGCACGAAAGUUUAUUUUGAACCCGCUCAAGUUGAAAUUGGAAAAAAAAACGGAUCGUUGAUCAUGGAAUUUUGCAAUUGUGAGAAGUUCCCUAGUUAGUGCCAAAGCACAAAAAGUUUCAGAACCUUAAUCGAUUCGGGUUCUAUCAAACUUCCAAACGCUCCCUUUUACAGGCUCGACGGAGAUUUGAAAAAGAAGCUGAAAGUCGAGUGGCGUCACAACUCGAGCCAUAUCAAGGACAAGCACAAAAGAGCUCUGUAUGCAGCUUUGCUCGGUGGAUUGGGUGUGUGAAGAAAGUCUUGUUUGAAAACUAUUGAAAGUUUCAGAAUCGGCCCUUUCGGACACUUUGGAAAACUGGCUGUGGUUCAAACUUUUCCCACUUCGCGUAGACCCUCACAUCACUCCCCUCCUCUACAAGGAAGUUCAGAAGUCGAUUGCCAUUGAUUAUGGUCUGCAGAUGUCUGUAAGGAAGUUGCAUCCCUCGUUUCAGGGCAGCAGUAUUUCAUGGCCAACGGCCGAUCUGAGUUCCAGUACUUCUUCACCGCUCUUUGGCUCUCUGGUCAGUUCGAAAGAGCGAUUGAGGUUAGCGCUUCUCAGUUAUUCCAACAAAACCGAGAUCCAGCUUCUGAACGAAUGCGGCCAAAGGGUUGAUUGUGUCCAUGUCGCAGUGCUGACUCAUCGACUUGGAUAUUUGCGAAUGACGGAAAACUCUACAGACGAUAUGUGUAAUUUCCAGUCAUCCCUUUCUCUUUCCAUUUUCAUUCUCAGUGGUUGUGGACAAUUCUGAAGCUACGAGAUGCUACUUGAACCUUGCACGACUGAUUGUGGCAUACACGAAGAACUUUGAACUUCUCGAUGUACCUAGAUCUCUCGACUAUUUCUUCCUUCUCAAGGUGUGUUGCAGAAAAUCUGAAUCAUUCAGCUUUAUCACGCAUUAGUGUUCAUUAUCAGAGAACAACCAAAUGACUGAAAACGACUGAAAAAUUUUGGUCCGAAAAUUUGAAUUUCACAAAAACUAAGCUAGUAAUACGAAACCCUGUAAAGUACUUUUUCAGUCAAAAGUUCCGAUUUUACACGAAUCUUUUUUGGAAAGCUUCUUUACGCAAAUACUUAAAACCGGAGUGCUCUCAAAGUUCUGAUUGUCGAAACUAAUUUUUUUUUGUUUGACAGUUUCUUUGAAGUUUCUCGAGGCUUUUUUCUUUGGAUUCAAUCAAAGUAAAUCUUUUCUUCGGGCAUGCGUAUUUUUUCAGGGAAUCUCAACACCAACUGGCUCCGAUGUCUUCGAAAUGGCCGUCAGCCGCUCGGUUUACCUUACUGGAAACGCUGAUGUCAUCUUGGGAACACUGGCAAAAGAAGGCGGGCGAUUACCGGGGCUUAUUGAUGAGUGCGUUUGUUUUUACAGUUUUCAUCUCUUCUUUGUUAAAAUUUAUUCGAUCGUUAGUUCAUUUGAGGUUGA